CUCUCAUCUCUCUUAAGAAAAAACAAAAACAACAAAAAAAGUUGACACCAAAAUCAAGAAAACUCAACCAAAAUAACGAUUCACAAUCUAGGGUUUCAAACCCCUCUCCCUCCCCUCGAUUUCCCCUCCCUUUUUUCCUCUCGUUUUCCCUCCAUCCAAACACCAUUCCUGAGAAUUUGCCCCUGCGAUUUCACUUCCCACCAAAGCAGGGGAAAAAGUCCGGGUCUGUUUGUUUGUUUGGUUGGUUAGUUGGUUGUCUGACAGAUCUUCAUGCACCAAAUUUUCCUCGGAAUAUCGGGAGAUAAGCUUUCUUUGGCUCCCUUCGAUUCGUGCUCUUUCAAGGUAAGCUGAUUUCUUGGAUUUCUGUGGUGAAACCCCGAGUUUUCUGGAUUGUGGAUUGCUAGGGUUUCGUUUGGCUUGGAAUUCUUCUGUGUGGGUUGUUGAUGUCAGUGGAUUUGUUUGGUUGUUGGGAUAAUGAAGGGGAAAGGGGAAAUAUAGAUUUGAGAGAGAGGGUUUGAUAGCUCCGGAAUUGUGUUAUAUUAGAUUCCUGAUUUGUUCUUAUGGUCGAGUUUUUGUGAUUCUAUCUGAAUUUGGUUGAUUUUGAUGCAUUUCGGUUUAUGGAUUCGCCAGCAUCGCCAAAUUCGAUAGGUUUGGUUAAAUGUUGUAACUGUGGAUGUAGUUGCUCAUCUAUUAGCAGCCCUACGGCCCAUUGGUUGCGUUCUGUGAAGCGCAAAUAUGAUGAGUUUGAGGAAGGUCACCGGUUGGUUAUACCAGGUUUUGAUCAUUCAUCUGUUGCUCGAGUUGAAAUUGAGAAUGAAUGUGCUGCAUUGCGUGAGACAGUUAGCAGCCAACAGAAAUCGAUACAGGAGUUGUAUGAGGAAUUGGAGGAGGAGAGGAAUGCAUCAUCAUCGGCAGCCAAUGAAGCCAUGUCGAUGAUACUGAGGUUGCAGAGGGAGAAGGCUGAAAUCCAAAUGGAAGCUCGACAAUUCAAGCGAUUUGUAGAGGAAAAAAUGGCACAUGACCAGCAGGAGCUUUUGGCAUUGGAAGAUUUGUUGUAUAAGAGGGAACAGUCCAUUCAAGCACUUACUUGUGAAGUGCAGGCCUAUAAACAUAGGAUGAUGAGUUUUGGACUCACAGAAGCUGAAGCCGAGGGGCAGAGGACCAUCCUCAGCCGCAGCCCGAGCAUGAUUGAGAGCAUGGAUGCCCAAGUUGAGUUUCCCACAUACGAUUACCCCCCUUUGAAAUGCAAUCUGAAUGAGUCCCGAGUUCCUACUGAUGACAAUGAUGUGGUAGACAUUGAAAAAUAUGCAUUUGGAGAGACUCCUUGUGCUAGGGAACAAUGGAAGAAUUUGGAGUACAGAAUUUAUCAAAUGGAGAGAAGUCCUAGCAGCAAUCAUCUGGAUGGGGAAUUUUUAGGUUCAAAGAAUACCUUAGAAAGGGUGAUAGUUGGUCAGUCUCCUAGGCGAUCAAGACAUUCUAGGAAACUUUCCACUGAUAGUUCAACUUCUUUCAUGGGGCCUGUCAAAGAAGCUGGUUCAGAUUUUACUCCAGAUUCUCCAAGGCCACCUAGCAGCAGCUUUAAGAAGACAGAGUACACUUCAUAUGCUGAGAACUUCUCCAAUUUGAGGAAGACGGAUGCUUCUGAUAUUGGAGAUGACAUGACAGAUAGAGUUUAUACCAUUGAUUCUAUCCAUAAAGGGACACCAUAUUCCAGUGUUACAGAGUCCAAACCUGCUUUUGGGAUUUGUGAUGAUUAUGUAACAACUCCACGAGAGUCACUAAAUCAGGCUGAUGUUGGGGACCCUGAAUUCAAGAAGCUCUACACGAGGCUUCAGGCACUUGAGGCUGAUAGGGAAUCAAUGAGGCAGGCAAUUAUUUCGAUGCGGACUGAUAAAGCACAAAUGUUUUUACUGAGGGAAAUAGCACAACAUCUGUGCAAGGAAAUGACACCAGAAAGACAGAUGCCGAUCAAGAAGGCAUCUGUUGUUGGAAGCUUUUCCUUCAUGUCAAUAUUCAAGUGGAUCGUGUCCUUCAAUUUCUGGAAAAAGAAAGCUCGGCAAAGCAAAUACAUGUUUGGACUUACGGCCAACAAUGUGGGCUUGCUAAUGCUUUUGGACAAGGGCCCCCAUAUGAGGCAGUGGAAUUAUAUUUCAAGUACGCAAGUGGGAAAGCAGUUCUGAAAUUUCAGUAGACAUUUGAAGCUGAUGCUCGGGUCUCACAUUAUUGGAUUUCAAUCACGGUUUUAGCUGUAGGUUUUGCAUUCUUUUUCUGGAUUCCUUGUUGGUGCAGAAUUGGGUGUUUUGUUACUUUUGUGCAGUGUUCUUUCUUGUAUUUGAUCUUCAUCUUCCGGUUGAAUGUAUUUUGCUGGUUAAUUGAUAGAAGUAAGCAUACAUGCUCAUAUGGUUUGUUGGAAUUCAGCUCAGAGGCAGACACUAUGCUCACCUGUAUAUUACAGAUUGCGGUAUGUUCUCAAUUCAAAUUUGUAGUGCAGAUUCUUUUCACUGAA